UGCGAGGGUCGACCAAGUGCAGUGGUUUGAAGAUGUACCAAGGGUUAGUGGCUUCACCUCUCCAGUUCGAGGCUUUGCUGGUAUCUCAUUUGGGGUCAGCCAGCAAGAUGAGAACCGCCUUUGGGAGCGUUUGAGGUUGCGUGCAAUGGCAAUGGCCGAGGGCCAGUCUUCUGAUGCGAUUCCCUUUCCUGUGCAGGGACAGUCUACUUCUUCCCCGAGGACUGACCUCCCUGGCAGUGUCAGUGCUGCUGUUUCACCGGUGCCAUCUCCGAGCUGCGUCAAUUCUGGGACACAUUCCCUCAAUGUCGGAUGUUCCACUCCCCCUGCUGUUUUGGCAAGACCGGGUGGAAGGACGUGCCAGACACCACAGUCCGGGGUUUCGCAGGGCAUUGGAGGUCAGCAGCCAGAUGACCGGACACCGGGUUCUGAGUACAUCCUCAACCGCUUACUGAGGGAGGUAGAAGCGGGUGGUGGAACCAUGGAGGGAUGUGCAGGGACAGGUGCUGGCAGGAAUGUCAAUGUGUCUCCGGUGUCUGGCACACGUACCGCUCCACAGGACGUCCUGUCGCACGUGUGUGGACGACAGAGUGUCAGCCCACCACCUGGCCACGGUGGCUCUCAAACCACGCCGUCCAAUGCUCAGAAUGCUGCAGGGACCUCUGUCGACAGCCGUGGGAAAGGAGCGCAGGCACAACCCACUGCACCUGAGAAGAACAUGGAACGGUGGGGCGAGGAGGAGAGUACAUGGCUGUGCAAGUUCCGGAAUGAGGUGAAGGGCCUCAUGGGUGAGGACAGCGAGUCACUUGGUAGGGCGCGUUUAAAGGCGGGGUUUUGGAAGGUUGUUGAGAGUCGGAUGCGGGAGAAAGGGUACAAUCAAGAUCACGAUCAGUGCAAGAGCAAGUUCCACCAAAUUUUCGACUUCUAUAGAAAGUUGAAGGCACAUGAGAGGUGGUCGGGUAACCCAUCUUACUGGGACAUGAAUUCCACUACGCGCAAGAGGUAUAAUGUGGAUUUCGUGAUUCGUCGCAGUUGGUAUGACAGUAUAUCAUCAUCAGAGGGAGACACUGAUUCCAUCAGGUUAUCAAAUUUGAGGGACUCCGGUUCCGAGCAAGAACGGAUGGAGGACGGAGAUGGGGAUACGGGAGGUGUCAGCGAGGAUGGGGGGGUGGGUCCGCCGGCCCUUCCAGUGGCACAAGGUCUGGUGCUUUCAAUCCUACGCUGGGCAAACGCAAACGAGCUGUCAGCAAUGCUCGUGAAAAUAGCAUGCGGGCAGUUACUGGAGCUAUGCGUGACCAUAGCUCAGCGAUUACGACGUCUGAUCGACAGUGUGCGAAGUUGCGCUGUGAUACAACACUUGAUGUCGCCCGCCAGCAGGCGGAUCUCCAGAGGGAGCUGAUGAAGGAGGACAUUGCCUCACGUGAGAGAGUGGCUGCCAUCGUAGGAGAUAGGAUGAAUGCAGGAUACAUGGUGCUCGCAGAGGCCAUCCGCAGUCUGCGUGCACCAUCGUCAAGCCAAUCACGUAGUCGCUCACAUGGUGAUGCAGUCAUUUCCUCCGAUUCCGAGUAGGUUGCUGUGCUUUCAUUUUGCUCGAUCUCCCGCAGUAAACUGGUUUAGCUGUA